CUCGGUCUGAAUAAUUCUGAUAUCCUGCUCAGCUUCACUCAAUUCUUAAUUAUCUGUAUAUUCUACGUUCACACGGACGAUUUUUUCUAAAAAUCUUUUCGUAGGGAAAUUGCGAAAAAAAUAGAUGUUAAUAAAGAUGGCAAGAUCACUGCCCAAGAAAUUGAAAACUGGAUUGAAGGAAACAUGAAAAGAUAUUCUCUGAAGAACACAAAUGAUCGUUUGAAGAAAUGGGACACAAAUAAAGACGAGCAUGUAUCCUGGAGUGAAUACAUCGCAAUGUUCACCGGAAACAAUCUUCCGAAGAAACAGCAGUUGAAGUCAGAUGAACGCCGCUUUGACGUAAGAUAAUAUCCUAUAUUAGAUAAUAUUUUUUGCUACAUCAUCACGCGCAUAAGAAAGACACUUGUUACUAUAGUCCGACUAUAGCACCUGAUGUUGAAUAAAAUUAUCAUAUAUUUGAAACAAACGUCACAUUAUACAAAUCUUACGUUAAAAUUAUCAAAUUUUACGUUUACUUUUACUGUACCUUUACUAUUACGUUUAGAACCGUUUGGUUCUACGACUAAGCAAAAACUAAACAAACAACAUGGCCGCCCUAAUUGCCAUGCCAAAAUGCGUCCACUGCGCAUGCGCAAGGCGGGAAAAUCCAUACGGUAGCUACACCGGCCCCUAAAUGGGCAUAUACUAAUAGUCCAUUUACUAACUCCAUGAAGGCUACCGUUCUUAACCUCUAACACAAAUAUAAUAUAAAUUGUCAAAUUUCACUGUUUACUUCAACAUGCUCAUUCAUAGUCCUAGCCAGAUUACUCUCCGUCCAUUUCAAGCAAACACAACUUCGCCACAGGCCGUGUUAGUAUCGUUGUAUUGAUCUUGUUCUCUCCCCUUCUUCGGUGUUUCGCUCGGGUUGAUACUGUCGAACUGGUCUUUACUUUCACUGUGCGUACAUAACCGUGCAACCGAGCAUUUCAACUCCCACCAGCUGGAGUGAUGUGAGAUCAGCAUCUCCAAGACGUUACAUCGUACUGUGGUUGCGUAAAUCUGAGCUUCCUUUCUCACUUCGGGGUCAUCAGACUUCAAUACCGGGACUUGAACCAUCGUAGGCCAGUGUGUUUCGUCCUUCAAAAGAAACUCAGGACCAUUUAGCCACCGAUCAUUAGAUAUCAUGGCGUCCAAUUUAACUCCCUUGGAACCGUCGUCGCAGGGUUGUCAUCUCGAUUCACGUACAUCCACUGGGAGGGAUCAGAACCACUGCGGAUUACUGUCAGGCGGUUGGAUUCAAAGGUGUGGAAUCUCUUGCUUUCGUUGUUAAUGCACUUCAGGACAGACAUCGAAUCUGUCCAGUAGUAAAUUCUUUCUAUCUCCAGGUCCAACUCUUCUUGUAUGAUCUUGGAAAGUCUCACGGAGAUAACUGCAGCGGUUAGUUCCAAUCUUGGAAUUGAAAUCUCUCGUAAGGGAGCAAGCCUAGCUUUUCCCAUAACAUAUGCGCAAUGAAUCUGUUCAUUGGUAUCUUCUAAACGGAGGUAUGCAACUGCCGAGUAGCCAAGUCGCGAGGCGUCUGAGAAGAGGUGUAGCUGUAUUUCCUUGACGACGCCAAAUCCAACGGGUUUGAAACAGCGAUCGACACGUAUUGCUUGUAACUUUGGAAGGUCAGCCAACCAUCGUUUCCAUUGCGCCUUCUCGUUUUCUUGAAGUGGAUCGUCCCAUCCAACUCCCUUUCUACAUAACAUCUGUAGCAACAACUUCGCUUUCAUUACGUAGGGUGCAAUAAACCCCAAAGGAUCGAAGAGUGAAUAAACAGCUGACACGAUCGCUCGCCGAGUGACAGAAGCUUCGUUUACUAAUUGCAACAUUUUCUCCGAGACAUCCCACUCAAAUUUAUCUUCUUCGGUAUUCCACUUGAUACUAAGAGCGCUUUCGGUAGGCAGCCGGUCCAAUUCUAAAUCUUUCACAGAUUUGGUUCUUUCUGUUUCGGGAAUCGUUUUCAUCACCUCUCUGCUAUUACUGUACCAUUUUGUGAGACGAAAACCACCCUUUUCGAGUAGAUGGCGCAGUUGACUCACUAAGCCUAUCGCCUCGCUUGUUUCCUUUGAUGAUUUCAUCAAAUCGUCGACAUACAUAUUACGUUUCACCGUCUCUAUAGCCACAGGGUUAAAUUCAUCUUGAUGUAACUCUGCUGUUUUACGCAAGCAGAAGUUAGCAACACUAGGCGAAGACGUAGCCCCGAAUAGAUGUCUUGUCAUUCUAUAUUCCUCCAUCUCGCCAGAAAGAUCUUCGCUCGGCCACCAUAAGAAAUGCAAUGCAUCGCAGUCGCGGGGUUCCACCAAGACCUGGUGGAACAUUGCUUCUACAUCUGCAACCAUUGCAACAGAUUCUUCUCGGAAUCGGAUAAGCACGCCAGUCAGUUGAUUUGUUUGAUCUGGACCUUGCAAAAGCUGCUGAUUCAACGAAGUUCUUCCAUAACUUGCUACACAAUCAUAUACCACUCGAACCUUUUCGGGCUUUAGGGGAUGCGUAACCGGGUGAUGUGGGAGAUACCAGAUCGGUCUGUUCUCCAUGUCCAAUUGCUCUUUAGGGAUUUUCUCAGCGUAACCCUUUUCUAAGUACUCAUUCAACGUUGUCCGAUACUUUUUCAACAGUUCGUCAUCGCGGAGAAGGCGUUUUUUCAGAAGCAAACCCCGUCUUUCUGCAACCAUCUUGUUGUUGGGCAAAUAUGGUGGAUUAUUCCGCCAUGGCAGAGCAACUUGAAAAUGACCGUCCACUAUCUUCAGUGCUUUUUUCAUCAUUUGUAGCGCUUUCUUAUCUUCCACCGACGGGCACACCUUGGUUUCUACCAGAGAACCUUCAAAGUCUGUUUUCCACAGCCUUUCUAAUUGGUAUUUUAGAUCUUCAUCCGUGUUUUCACGAUCAACUUGAACACGUUCAACUUCUUUAACUUCUUCAAUUCUAUCCUUCAUUACAUGCUCAUUUUCUUCCAUGGCACGGUCUUCUGUGAGGAACUCCCUCGCUUCCUUCGGACUUUCAAACGUAUGAUCUUCCGUUGAAAGAUCAUCAGCGUUGACAGACAUUCUAGCAAAAUUUGAUGUCGCACACAUGCCAUCCAUUUUUUCACCAACGGGCCCAAUCACCGUCCAACCCAAACUGUAUCUGAUUGCCACAGGAUCUCUUUCUUCUCCAGAUCGAUAUUCCAAAGGCAAAAAGAUGGAAGGGUUCUCUUGAAGUCCAAUGACCAACAUAACAUCUCUAGUUUCCAACUCUUGUAAUGGCAGAUCACGUAAAUGAGACCAACUUCGAACGAUUCCUUUCUUUGCAAUGCAGGCUUCCGAGAUCGGCAUUUGAUUGACAGUUCUAACGUUUGACAACUCGAUCAGUGUCUCACCAUCCAGUGAGGCCACCUCAAUGUCUAUCAAUUCACUUCUUACUUUGGUCGAUCCGGUCAUGCCUGACAAUGUGAAGUCCAGCUUCCUUCCACUUGCUGCAAGUUGUUUCUUCAAACGUUCAUGGCAAAGCGUAACUUCAGAUCCACUGUCUAAGAGUGCAUAAGCUCUAAUGGCGGGUUGAUUACUUCCCUUUGCUCGUACUUUAAGAGGAACAACACUUAAGCACACUCUUUCGCCGGCCCCAGUUGCGACUGUUACUUUCACUUCUUGUUCUCCUGUUCCGCCAGUUGUUUCAAUUUGGUCUGGAGGUUUCUGGUCUUCCUUUGCUUCCUUAACAGCAGCUUCAGGUUGCGGUGGGUGUAACAAUGUGUUAUGUCCUUUACUGCAUCCUUCUACCAGACAUUUAAAAUGAAUUUUAGGACAUUUUCUCGCAUAAUGACCUUCACUCAGACACUUAAGACAAAGUUCUCGUUGUCGCACAACUUUCUUCUUUUCUUGAUAGGAAAGUUUCUUGAACUUAUCGCAUCUCCAAAUUCUAUGGUUGCCAGAACACAUCGUGCAACGUAUCGAAUUCCCACUUCCGUUCUUAUGACUCUGUCGAUUAUCCAAGCCGGAUGCAAAUAAAGAUGAUCUUCGGGAGGGUUCUCUCGAUCCAUCUUUUCUCCUCACAUUUUCCUUCGGUUUAACAAGACUCGCACAAAGAUCUUCCCCAAACUCAUUGUUUACAAACGUUGCUCUUUUCUUCACGAAGUGGAGGAAAUCUUUAAACUUGGGUCUAGAGCCAGAUUCAAUCGUCGUACCAGCACGCUCUGUCCAUUUUACUCGCAGAAAUAAUGGCAGCUUCCGAGUCAACUCUCGCAAGGUGUUGACAUGAUUCAACUCACUUUCAUAUUCAGGCCCCAUACUUGUCAACGUUCUAUCUGCAACCUCUAAGUGCCUGGAAAACUCCAACAAACUUGCUCCAUUGGCUUGUUCUUGUUGAGGGUAUGUCUGUGUCAGUUGCAAUGGCACAUUGUACUGUUCAGCAUGCCUUUCGGGUGAAUAUACCUUAGAAACUUGGGGUGAAGAUAUAUUAGUCCCUUGUACUAUUUGCUCUUGUGGUACAUACGGUUGUGAAAGGGGUGAUAGUCCUUGCCCUUGUUGAUUCAUUGAAAGUGUGUUUUUGUUAACAUUUUCAUGCUCAGAAUUGUUAUCUGAUUCUUUCUCAUAAACAUUCAAACUUACGAUUGCUCGUUCCUCUUCCAUUCGGGCUUCCAUAUAUUCUUUCUCGAAAUUCAACUCUGUCAUUCUUCGUUCGAGUUCGUGCUGUUUCAGUAGUUGGCUUCUCUUCAACUGAGCGAGCGCUAACUGUUCUUUCCUUUUUGACACAGUUGAGAAUUUUGAACUGUGACUUGACUUACUUGCCAAGGUUCGCCUUGAUUUUCCCGAGAAUGAACUAGCAUCUUCUCCCUUUUUUCUUGACGCUAGCAUUAGUCUCCUUCGUAAAGACAUCACCAUUUCAUCCAAAUGCAUUUUUUUAGUCAUCAGUUCUUUAUAACUUCGACUUGCAAUAUCCUUUUCCUCUUCGCUCACGAGUAACUCCAUGUAUUGUUCGUGCUUGCUGACAAAUUCUCUCCAACAUUCAUCGUAAUGCUCUUUAUUUGUCUUGAUAUUAUCCACUGUUUCACCAGCAUAAAUCGCUUCCUGUAUCCAUCCUUUCGUCUCUGUGAGGGUGUUCAUUAAGUGUAUACGAGUCUUAAACAAAGCAUUUAUCUUCUCCUUUUCCAUUUCUUCUUUUUCUAACCGAACACCUAUCCAUGUUUCUUCAAUGCAUCCUUGUCCAGGCUCGGACCUGGCUGGGUUAUCCUCAGUUGGUUCCCUAUCAAGUGCUGUUGGCCACGAUCGCACAGACAUUACUGUUGAUCAUAUAUGCGGUAUCAGUUAUAAAGUUAUAACACAAAUGUACCCAGAAACAUAUGUUCCUGAAUAAAAUUAACAACUUAUAUUCCCCGUCCCUGACAAUAAAUAUAGUCCAAACUCACCGUCCUUGACAAUAUAUACACUCCAAUAUUCUGUUCAAACAAGAAUACCCUGUAUAAUACAAAUACACUGUCCCAGACGAUAUAAAUUAUCCUUCAAGUGAAAUAUAGACCUUCAGGUGAAAUUUAAUCCAAAAUACUCGUUCCUAACGAGAAGAUAUAUGUCUUUGAUGAUCAAUAUACUUUACAAUAACCAGAUCGCCGGUGAGUAAGUAUAGUCAGAUAUAACCGUUCUAACGAUAAAAUAUAGUUCCAAGGCACCGUCCCUGACGAUAAAAUAUACUUGAAUAUAAACCAGAUCUCGAAGUGAAAUAUAAUCCAAAAUAACUCGUUCCUGAUGAGAAAACACAGUUCAAAUGCACCGUCCCUGACGAUAUAAAUAUACUUUUAAAUAAACCAGAUCUUGAAGUGAAAUAUAAUCCAAAAUAUAAACCCGUUCCUAACGAGAAAACACAGUUCAAAUGCACCGUCCCUGACGAUAAAGUAUACUUGAAUAUAAACCAGAUCUCGAAGUGAAAUAUAAUCCAAAAUAACCCGUUCCUAACGAGAAAACACAGUUCAAAUGCACCGUCCCUGACGAUAAAGUAUACUUGAAUAUAAACCAGAUCUUGAAGUGAAAUAUAAUCCCAAAAUAACCCGUUCCUAACGAGAAAAUACAGUUCAAAUGCACCGUCCCUGACGAUAUAAAUAUACUUGAAAUACACCGUCUUUGUCGAGAAAAUAUACUCAAACUAACCCGUUCCUAACGAGAAGAUACCGUAUAAUUCAAAUUCUCCGACUCUGACGAUCAAUACACACUUAAACUUUCCAGAAAUACAAUCCAAUAAACUUGUACUUGCCACAAAUGUACACUCCAAAUAGACUAGUCCAAAUAGCGAUCCAAACUCGUAGAAAUACGGUUCUAAACUGUUACUAUAGUCCGACUAUAGCACCUGAUGUUGAAUAAAAUCAUCAUACAUUUGAAACAAACGUCACAUUAUACAAAUCUUACGUUAAAAUUAUCAAAUUUUACGUUUACUUUUACUUGUACCUUUACUAUUACGUUUAGAACCGUUUGGUUCUACGACUAAGCAAAAACUAAACAAACAACAUGGCCGCCCUAUUUGCCAUGCCAAAAUGCGUCCACUGCGCAUGCGCAAGGCGGGAAAAUCCAUACGGUAGCUACAACACUACUAUCAUUUGUUAGUAUCCAAUGCAGAACUUCGUGCUUUACUUAUUCAACAGCGUAUGUCAAUUCAUUUCUUGCACACGACAUGCACGGGGCUUCGUAUAUAUAUAUGGAGCUUCGAUGAGGCAGUCCUCAGAGCUAGUGCCUUUCUGAAGUCGUGGAUUCGAUUCUCGCGUGACCUCAUGUGAAAAGAGUCUGCCAACGCUUUGCCGAACGUUGUAGCUUUUUUCCGGACGCUCCGGUUUCCUCCCACAGCGAAAGUUGACAGGGUGGGUUAGGAUCAAGACAGUUAGGAAAGUAGACUAAUUAUCAUAAUUGUUGUAAACAUAAAUAAUCUAAGCUGAGUAGGUAAUAUUAGUAAGCUCAUGACACUUGAUGUAAUCGGUCACUGAAAAGCCCUGAUGGGGAGUGACCUGGAUAAUAUACCGUAGGUAUAUAAUGUAUACAGUAUGUGCAUAUAUACUAUUAUUAAUUAUUUAACAAGUUUUUUCCUGGAACUUUAGUUUAAUUUUUGCACUUAAACUGCGAAUGGCCUGUUGCCUUGUCAAUAACACAAAAGACAAAUACAGAUAUCCAGUGUAAUUAGUACCCGACCAGGAAAUAACUGUUUCUUAGUAUUUUUGCACAAGUCAAUAUAACAUAUCCUACAAGUUGAUUGGUCAAAAUUGGCGUAUUAAGCUGUUAUAUUCACCUGCAGGAAAAUAUAACAAAACCAAAAUUUGAAAAAUGGCGGCUAGCCGUUUUGUGGAAGUUACUGAUAAAGAAAUAAGCGAAAUAAAAUAAAUUCAGUUCCAAAAAUCACAAAAGACUUGUGUAAAAAUACUAAAACAAUUAUUUGCUUCAGGCUCGGUGAUUAUCGGGGAAACCUCGUCUCGGUGAAUUUUCCCCGCUAAACAUUAUUGAAUUUGGUCUACUGAAAUCAAUAUCUCCCGAGUGGUAAUGAAAGUUUCAAUCAUUUUAUAGAAAGCUGAUAUGAACGGCGAUGGUCUUUUAAGUAGGGAGGAAUUAACAUUUUUCUUACAUCCUGAAGAGAGUUCUCUGAUGACGGACGUCGUCGCUGAGGUAAAUAAACAAGUACAUAUACCAUUCAGAUAACAUCGUGUAAGAAGUAUACAGCUAAUUCAACACUGACCUCUAAAAAUCAAAAUUCGCAACCGCAAAACGUCGAAAAGUAACGCGAAACGGGCGUAUUUAUUUCUCAUUCCUAUAUCGUAUGAGUGGUAUGACGCACCCAAAAUAAAUUUAUUAUCCAACUGUUUUAAUGCCAUCAAGUGGGUAGGGCUUUAAAGAGAGGGAAAUUGUGGGAUAAAAAUGCUUAAUGCUUGUAUUUGUUCGUAGUAUUUUGCAAAAGACAACUUCCAAUGCCCAGUCUGUAAAUAUGCACGACUGCAUGUCGUCCAAUUGUAUGUUUUGCGCUCAAAAGUCGACGUUUCCGAUAUUAAACCUCAUAAUUAUUGUCGUGAACUCAUAAACAUCAAAUGGUUUAUAUGUUUUCAUUCUUUAUUUUGAAGGAAAACCUCGAAGCUUUGGACACAAAUAAUGAUGGUGAAAUUUCACUGAAAGAAUUCGCAGGUUAGCAAAGAUAUUUAGAUCGCUACUUGCUGGUUUGAAAAUUGAUCCCAAAAGUAUAAUAUCAAUUUCGCUUUAUUAAGUAACUUGUGUUUUAACUGAUUUUUAAAUCAAUUUGUACAGGUGAUUCUCAUGGGAAGCUGAGUGAAUCUCUCGUCAAUGGAGUUGCAAGUCACUUCACUCAAUUGGAUACAAAUAAAGAUGGGAAAUUGAACAAGGUUUGUUGACUGGUACAUAUAUUUGCCAAUUGUAUACAGCAAUCUCACAAAAACGCGUGUUUGGGAGGGAAGCGGAAGAAGAGAGCCUGCAUGGCUUGCGAGGUUGUUGUAUACGGCUAGAACGCGGAAUUAAUUAAGCCAUAACCAAUUAAUCCAUCCAGACGUAGUAAGGCUGGAAUAAUUAUCACUUAUUUACUGAAACCGAGGGAAACAGCGUGUUUUGUGGCCCCGAGACUGUCGUUCGCUUUGGCCAACAAAGACGGUCGAGGGGCCAUAAAACACGCUGUUUUCUAGAGGUCUCGGCAAAUAAGUGUUUUAUUACAUAGCCAGCGUAAAAGUCUCAAUAAUUAACCUGGUAUUAAAUUAAAUCCGUAUCUCUUAAUUUUAAUAAUAGAUAAAAAUCUACUUCUGAACGACUUGCAAAUCGACCGGCAGACGCGAGCAGCUCGCGCCUCACUUUCGGUUUUAUUAUUGACUGUGACUAGUCAACAGUUGUUUGAUUGUUGUCCGAUUGCCCCCUCACCAAAGCAUGCAGUGAAUAUGACAUUUUGUGUCCGCCACGUCUCAUACAGUUUUGUCCAAUCGGCAAGCAAGAAAAUUGAACUUUGACAUUUGCUAUAUAAUAAUUUACUUUAUUAUAUGGUCAAAACACGUCGGAUAAUUAUCGGUAUCUUGAAGCCGUUGCAUUAUUUCAGCUGAUGACGCCAUCAGCGUGCAAUAAUACUUUUUGAACUCAAAAGAAGUAUUGUUGCACGCUGUGGUUACCAAGCCCCGGCACGGUCCAUUGUUUGCUAUAAAAGCGCGCGAAUUUAUUUAAAAGCGUAAACAAAAUGGCUUUGCUUUCUUUCUAGCUUUUGAAUAUAUAAUAACACAAUUAUUGAAUUCGGUUUUCGUAUGAUAUCGAGAAUUAUCAAGGCCUCCAGUUUUCCUGAGGCUUCCAGUUUUCCUCAUCCUCCGAAGCCGAAUCGUAGGGUUUAGGUCUUUUAACACGUGUAUCAUAAGUGUGCGGGUAAGAUAAAUUGGGCGAUCACUCCUUGAAGUGUAAAUGUGUAAUCGACAGUAACUAUAUUGAUCAGAAUGUUUUAUACAAUGUAAUUAAGUUUUCAGUAAAUGGCUUUUGCUUCUGCUCGUUAGUUGUGUUCGUUAUUAUUAACUUAUACUUUUAUGAUAAAAUUUAAUUUUUUAAUAAUUAAUGAAUAAUGGGCAUUGCUAGAAUCUUAAAGUACUUCAGUCUAUCUCGAUAUAUAUAAUCACAAUUGCUAUCGGUUAGUGAUGUGACUUCAUUGGAAUUUUGAUGCCGUUUAAUUAUAAUUGAAUAACAAUUUUUCGCCUUUUCUAGGAAGAAUUGAUUCCGUGGGUUGUUCCCAAUGAAGCAAACACUAUCAGUAACGAAGCCAUGCAUCUUCUGAGUCAGGCAGACGGAAAUAUGGUAAUUAAGGCUGCAUUAAUUAUUAAUAUACAAUUCAUUCCUUAUAAAUUAUAGAGUUUUUUAUCAGUGGGUUUUUGGGGGCUAUUUCAAAGUUUGCUUAUACCCAUGCGUUGAAAUAAAACAAAUGAGAUUUCUAAUUAAUGAUAAACAUGUCAUAGUGUUCGAAAAAUUGUCCCUGCAACCAUGGAGCAAAUUUUAACGCAUGUUGUAAGUUCAAUAUAGUUUUAACCAUAUAUCUAUCAGUUUUAUUCUGGAGUCCAUUUCUUUUAUAAUAAUAUACAUCAAAUAAUUUCUCAAUUCCGAUUGGCUACGAGCAGUGCAAUGUUUUCGAAAUACAGUGCCAAAAAAUGAAACACAGGGCAAAUUUCAUUGACUAUAAGAUAUAGCCAUUUCUAUAUAGCAGAAAAUAACACAAAAACCUAAACAUUUACAAAUGACAAAAAAUUAAUGGCUGGCGUUUUUAGUAGACUUUCUAUUAAAAUUACUUACUAUAGCUAUAUUAAAAUUAACUAUUUCGCAUGUGACCUACGCACGCAUGGUGAUUGCAUAUUUUUUCAUGUAGGCCUAUAUUAUUAUUUAACAACUAAUAGUAUGGUUUCUCGUGCAAUUUUGAUCGUCUUUAAAACACUCUUUCCUGCAUGUUUUUUCCAAAAUUGUACUCGAAAGUGAAACCAUAUUAUUACCUAUACUUAUAAACCAUUUGUUAAAGUUAAUGCAUUUAUGCAUCUUAUAGGACUGAGCGCUGGAUGAUACUUUUAUUCACCACUAAAUACAAAUAUUGUUUAAUUAUAUAUAGCUAGGGUACAAUUAUGCAUCUUUCUCGUUUCCUUCUCGUUUCCUUGCUUUCUUCAGCACAUGGUAUACAAUUUCGCAUCGGAAAACUUUGCAUUCUUAGGUCGAAUUACAUGAAACUAUCUGUGCUGUAAUAAGGAAUGUACACUUUAUUCCAGGUGAACCAAAUGUUUGACGACAAGUAUAAAAUGUUUUGGGAACUUUCAAAAUAUACGUCGUAGUUCUUUGAAUACAUAACUCAGUCUGUCCAAUGUAUAGAAAUUUGCAGGAUACUUAUUUUAACUAUUGCUUUAAUUUGUUUCAUUACUCAUUAGGAUCAUGUGUUGUCGUAUGACGAGAUGGUGAACAAAUAUGAAGCAUUUGUUGGAAGUAAAGCUACACAUUUUGGAGAUCUUCUUAGACCAAACCCUGACUUAUAAACUUCUUCUGCAUGCAGAAAUAUAGCAAGAAAAUAAUACUGUAAACAGGAGUGAAAGAUGCCAAAGAAUGCAGACAUGGCGUGCAAGUUGCAGGAAAGACAAAAUUGUUUAUAAUUAUAUGGUAUCUGUAUAAGAACUCAACAUAGUUUUUUAAGGUUACAGAACACCUUUGAGUGUUACUUUUGCCUAAAUUGUUUUUACUGGUUCCGUGAAAGCAUUAUAGACUGGUUCUACUAUCUGACCAAGUUUGAACGAAAAAUGUUGAAAACUCGCAGAGUUAUUUAAUAAAAUACAUUAAUUUUCGCUGUAAUAAGAAAAACAUUGAAAAUGUAAUAUUCAAAUUCAAUUUUCUCCCGAAGAAUUUUACGCAAUUACUGAUUUUCAAACGAGUUGUUCUCCUGCGGGUUUAAACGAGUUUUUCUCACAUUUUCACAGGACAUAGCUACAGACGUCAGUUUCAAAAUUGUCUUCGGCGUUUUUCUAAUUUUGCCAGAUAUUUUAAUAAUAAGGAGCAAUUCACUCAAACGAUUCAGAAAUAUAUUGCAGUCGUCAAAGAAAUUGCCAUAUCAGCGGAAUGACGAAAUAAACAAAAAUUUCCGAACACAAUUUUUUAGAACUUUACUGUAUAAAAAUUAUAUUUUCAUAAAUAUAUCGUAAAACCAGCAGGAACAUAACUCAAAAGCGUAAACGUACCGCGAUUUAAGAUUUUCCUGAAUAAUUCUUAUAUUAUUAUAUUGUUUGUCAAUUUUACAACUUUACCAUAUUUUGCAUGCACUACGUCGAGAACAUUUGGUGAAAAUUGAUGAAAAUCGGACUGAUAUUGAGCCGCGCGCAAUAGCAAUUUUCCGCAAAACGCCCAAAAGAGUGUUCUGUGACCUGGGGUUCAAUGUUAUUGUUACUGGUGUAAUAAAUAAAUAAACUUUGGGAUUCUUGGAGAACUAUUCCAAUAUGCCAACUUCAUUUCCCAUAGACUAUAUAGUAACGUCACAUAUGAAUAUUAAUAUGGACUGUCUAAGCGGUUCUGUGGAUUGGACCUUAGACAGGUUAGGUCGACUGCCCAAGUGGACAGGUUAGGAACUGUCCAAGUGUGCUCUUGAUCAGAUACGUCAGGGGGUCGCUUCCCUUGACAAGCUAUCAGUUCAUUACAGUAUUACAUGCAUGCAUAUGUGCAUGCAGAUAUUCAAACUACUGGAGGUAAGGGAGACUGUUCAGUGAAUUGAAAUGGUUAGGGAGACUGUUCAGUGAAUUGAAAUCUAGUUCUUCUGGGAAAAAAUAACAAAAAUUAAGUCUUCUGAAAUGGCGUUUCCUGCAUUUUGGGAAGAAGUUGUUAUAAGUGAUCCUAUAAAUUGCCAUUAAGGAACUUCAUAAAAAGGUCAAGACAGACUAUUAUGUUGCUAAAAACAGUAUGUAAUUAUGAUUUUUUUACUAUAUUUCCUGAAUAUUCUGAAAAAUCUGGAGAAUUUUUAAAAAUCGGGAGACCAGGAGAUUGCAUGAAUUUUCGGGAGACUCCCGGUAAAAUCGGGAGAGUUGGAAUGUCUGGCAUGCAUGACGAUGAGGAGGGAUGUCGUUUGACAUGAACACAGAGUACUUCUCUCCAAAACACCUAUUCUCCGACAAAAAAAACGAAACGUGUUUUAUUGCAUGUGUUAAUUAUAGUUUGUAUUCAAUUAUUCAAUCUUUGGAUCAUUAAUGACGAUGAAAAACCUCUACAUAUACUCUUUCAUGUAUUUAAAUUACAAACUCAUAGUUAAACUGAUAUUCUCAACUACUUAGACUGCUCUUUAUUAUAACUAUAUGAUAUGAAAUUAAUAAAUAUUUCUUUCAGAAUCAGACAUGAUGUGCCCAUGCAGGAGUUGAUGUGCAUGGUAUAUAGUAACUCUAUAACUUCUAGAUGACCUCUAAACAAUUACCUUGCUCAUAAAUAAUAGACAGAUUUAGAUCGAGAACGCGGACGUCAAAGACGACGUGCAAAUGGCGUCAAAAUUGUGUGGCAUAUCCAUACAUAUGGGCACAACUUUCGCGUCGUCUUUGACGUCCGCGUCCUCGAUCUAAAUCUGUCUAUUAGUUAACUCGUGAUUCUGAUUUAGUUUAUUUCUCACUUCUCAACUGUAAUUAACUCUGACUAGUUCUUUAUACAAUCGGUCCCCAGCUAGUUCUAGAAACAAAUAAAGUCAUGCAAAUAUGGCUAUUUUUUAAAUUUUAGAAAGUCAUCAAUGGAAUUAUAUACUCUGCGAGGGUUAAUAUAAGAUGCACUAAUAUUGGCACGAAUCUGAAAACUUAACUUCCAUGCAAAAAAUAUAGUUCCACAUGAAAGUAUAUAUUUCCAUGGGUUGGCCUUCUCCUACUAAUUACAAGAGAUAAACAGUAAAGUUAUAACAUACAGUUAAAAUAACACAGCAUAUGCAGAAAUAUUAUGACUCCAUCCAAAAAAGCCAAAAAAAAUUGUAGGCCUACUAACCACAAGCGACCCAAUCUCGCAAGGGGCAGUAUAGACUUAUAGUAUAAACGUAUAUUAUGGUAAUGUAUAUUAUAGUAAAAAUAUGUCAU